CCGUGUAUGCAUCAACGGGAACCACUCCAGCAGAGCUGGACAUUUUGUUUUGCUCUUAUUUGGUAUGUUUGUUUCAUAACAACACCGACGGAUGCCCCGUGGGCGAUCAUUUCAAACGCCAUCCCAAGCUGAGUGUCAAUUCUUCAGAGCUGAUGUUGAAUGCCUCUUUCGCUGACUUUGAGACACACCAGGGUGUACGCAACCAAGCGUAUAUCGCCUUCAGUCACUCCCUGGUUUUCGUUAACGAGACGGACCUGAGUAAAGCCAGGAGCUACAUUUAUGAUCCUACAUCAACAGCAAUAUACGGCUAUGUGCUACCGAUCAUUAAGUUGUUUGGAUUACUUGGAAUUCUCACAUUUUACUUCAUGGUAUACAGGGUUCGUGAGAUGCGCAACCUAACCAAUUUUUACUUGGGCAGUUUGGCUGUUGCUGACUUGAUGGUUCUCCUGACGAGCGGGAGUCUCUUGCAGUACGAAGCCUUAGUCACACGCACCUUCUCUAACAAGAACUACCUUGGGCCCUCCGCUGGUUUGGUAUUUGAUAUUAAGACUCUGUUCACGCAAAUAGCCAUAUUUGCUUCCCUGUUCUGCGUUGUUGUUGUUACUUAUGAGAGGUACCUAGCCAUUUGCCACCCUCUCAAGCACAAACAUGUCCAAGGAAUGAAGCGAGCCUUCCGCAGUGUGGUCUUUGCAUGGUCGGCGUCUUUGGUCGUACCAGUGUUUGACUUUGCCAUAUUCAGAACAUUAACUGAGGCGAGGUGUGUGGUUUUUCCCAACGAUGAAGAGUUCGAUAAUCUGUCGGGCUUAUUCCAACUGACCGCACUCGAUAUCAAUUAUGCUCGGGCCAAGGUUGUUUUCGAAAACAUAUCUUAUCUUGUUGUUUACCUUGUGACCUUUGUAGCCAACGCAACUCUCAAUGGAUUAAUCAUCCAUAAACUGUGGAAUCCCAAUUCUCCAGGUCGCUCCAGCAAACUGAGCGGUCUGCACCAAGUGACUCUGAUGCUUGUACUUAACAGCACGGUCUGCUUUGCUACCCUGCUCCCCCUUACCGUCAGCUCCCUCACGAACACCUUCAAACCUGAAGCCGAGUUUGGCGACAAAGUCAUAGCCAUUCCUCCGCUAUUUGUGGUCCUCAACUCGGCCAUUAACACUGUUCUAUUCAAUGUGGGCAGCAGGAGGUACCGCAACGCGUUUCUAGAGGCUUUUAGAUGCAGAUCCCGAGAGAGGAAACCGCAGUCGAACGACAUUGCACUCUAAAGAUCAAUCAUGGGAGAACAACUUGCACCUUUUUGACAUUAACAUUACAUCACGUACGGAAGAGUGUAAGCACCAACUCCAAAAAUACUCUUCUGUAAUGAAUUGGAUGACUAGGAAAUUUAACCACGAACGUGGAAAGGAUGUACCUUGCAAAGCAUGCUAACAGUUUCUAUCAUGCUUAAUAUCAAGUCAUGAAUACUGCACACAGUACUGCAUUUUCCAGCACUGAAAAGGCAUACAAUUGUAAGCCAAGUUAAUUAUAAAAGAAAAUAGUGAGAAUCCCUUCAUGACCCUAAGUUUUUGAUAGUGACUUUGACAGGCUACACACAUUGGAAAAGGGUCGAACGCAAUGCAAAUGGCAUUGUCAAAAGUUUCUAUCAGCAAAUCAGAUUCAGCAUUCAGAAGCUCGAUCUUCCAGCAUUGAUUAAUUAAUCAUGUUUUUUCAGCUUCGUGAUCAAUGAUAAGUAUGAAUGUUUUAUGAGUUUUUUUCUUUAAAUUUUAAUUUUUUUCGGGGGGGUAUUCUGUUUUUCUGACAAUGAAUUGACGAGCGGAUACUUCAUGAAAAUUUGAACAGCUAAUACGGCAAGAUAUCAAACAAAAAACGGGUAUAAAUGAAUGCGCGUUUUCGCUGAAAGCUCUUUGGCGGCCGCCUGCGAUGUAUUUGAAAAGAAUGUCCCAAUUAGUUCAGAAGAAAAGCGGGGGAUGAGUCUACGCUCGUUUUGAAGACAGUCUGACCUUGAAAACUGCAAACAAUGUGAUGAUUUCAACAUUAUGCUUGAUGCACAGAUUGGUGUAGGGGAUGACUUUUCUUGCCAUGGAUAUUGAACAAUCGCGAGGGGGGGGGAACCUGACAAUAUCUGACACUAUAUAGUAGCAAUUAGCGGUUUAGAGGGAAUAAACAGUUUGAAAAAAACAGUUUUUAAGACUCUACUCGGGCACAAAAAUUGUGACCAGUUCAAGUUUGUCGACGUUAUCCUAUAAUACACUGGGAUUAUG